AUGACGACUUCUGUCUGCCCUUUCUCGAAAGCUGCUCGUCCAGACGAUGCUUCAUCAGCUCGAAAACAAGGCGAUACGACGGCUUCUGGUUGUCCUUUCUCUAAAUCUGCUCGUCCUGACGAUGUUUCAGCUCGAAAACAAGGCGAUACGACGGCUUCUGGUUGCCCUUUCUCUAAAUCUGCUCGUCCUGAGGAUGCCUCAGCUCGAAAACAAGGCGAAAUGGCGAGUAAAGAAUGUCCCGAACACGAAGGGAAAUUGAAUAAGGACUCUACUGAUUCUGCAACAGUGCCUGCCAAAUGCCCGUUUGGUUAUGACUCUCAAACAUUCAAGCUUGGACCUUUUAGCUGUAUGCUAUGUCAAGCACUUCUCUAUGAGAGCAGUAGAUGUGUGCCUUGCACUCAUGUGUUCUGCAAAGUGUGCUUGAUACGGUUUAAGGACUGCCCUCUAUGCGGUGCUGACAUUGAAAGUAUUGAAGCUGAUGAAAACCUUCAAAAGAUGGUUGAUCAAUUUAUUGAGGGCCAUGCUAGAAUCAAGAGAUCUGUCGUGAAUAGCACAGAAAAAGAAGAGGUCGAAAAUGAUAAGAAAAAAGUGAUUUACGCCGAUGUUUCUAUGGAAAGAGGUUCUUUCUUGGUGCAACAAGCUAUGAGGGCAUUUCAAGCCCAUAAUUAUGAAAGUGCUAAAUCAAGGUUAGCAAUGUGUACCGAGGACAUUCGUGAUCAACUAGGGAGGGAAGGCAAUACACCAGAGUUGUGUUCACAGCUUGGUGCAGUACUUGGUAUGCUUGGCGACUGCAGCCGAGCAAUGGGAGACUCAAGCUCUGCAGUCAAUCAUUUCGAAGAGAGUAUUGAAUUCCUUAUGAAACUGCCGAUGGAUGAUUUGGAGAUUACACAUACACUUUCUGUCUCGCUCAAUAAAAUAGGAGAUCUUAAAUAUUAUGCCGAAGACCUACAAGCUGCAAGGUCGUAUUACUGUCGUGCUUUAAAUGUUAGACGUGAUGCAAUGAAACAUCACCCAAAUGCUCCUUCGCAAAUUCUGGAUGUGGCAGUUUCCUUAGCCAAAGUUGCGGACAUAGACAGAAGCCUACAAAAUGAAGAUGCAGCCAGAGAUGGUUUCAAGGAAGGCAUGAAACUACUGGAAUCUUUGAAACUGGAGUCUGAAGAUUCUGCUCUCGAGCAACGUCGGCUCUCUGUGCUGGAGUUUCUGAAGAAGCAAGUAGAGAAGCCUGAACAAUCUGCAGAAACUGCACUCUGA